UCCUCUCCAGAACUCUCUCGUUAGUUCUCCUUCACUGUUGAAGCUUUAUGGAAUGGAUCAACCUCUUCCACUCUCGACUUUUCUCCACCCUUCGCUCUUCCCUUUAUAUCUCAACUUCUCCACCCAUCGGAACCAAUCAACAUAGCAGUCACUCUUUAUACUCACAUUCACGUACGCAACCAAAACCUUAACUUCUAUCUAUGGCUACUUCCAAGAGCAAGAGCAUUGGCAUUGACCUCGGCACCACCUACAGCUGCGUGGGCGUGUGGCAAAACGACCGCGUUGAGAUCAUCGCCAACGACCAAGGCAACCGAACCACCCCUUCCUAUGUGGCUUUCACCGACACCGAGCGUCUCAUCGGGGACGCCGCAAAGAACCAAGUCGCCAUGAACCCACAGAACACCGUCUUCGACGCCAAGCGCCUCAUCGGUCGCAGAUUCUCCGACCCCUCCGUCCAGGCCGACAUGAAGCACUGGCCCUUUAAGGUUGUCCCCGGCCCAGCCGACAAGCCCAUGAUCGUCGUCAACUACAAAGGCGAAGAGAAGCAAUUCGCCGCCGAAGAGAUUUCCUCCAUGGUCUUAACCAAGAUGAAGGAGAUCGCUGAGGCUUACCUCGGCCACGCCAUCAAAAACGCCGUCGUCACUGUCCCUGCUUAUUUCAACGACUCUCAGAGGCAAGCCACUAAGGACGCCGGCGCCAUUGCGGGACUCAACGUCAUGAGAAUCAUCAACGAGCCUACCGCUGCUGCCAUCGCUUAUGGUUUGGACAAGAAGGCUUCGAGGAGUGGCGAGAAGAACGUGCUUAUCUUCGACCUCGGUGGUGGAACCUUCGACGUGUCGCUUCUCACCAUUGAGGAGGGGAUUUUCGAAGUGAAGGCCACUGCUGGAGACACUCAUUUGGGUGGUGAAGAUUUUGAUAACAGGCUUGUCAACCACUUUGUGGCUGAGUUCAAGAGGAAACACAAGAAGGAUAUAAGCACAAGUGCUAGGGCUCUCAGGAGAUUGAGAACUGCAUGUGAGAGGGCUAAGAGGACUCUCUCUUCCACCACUCAGACCACCAUUGAGAUUGACUCUCUCUACGAAGGUAUCGACUUCUAUUCCACCAUCACGAGGGCGAGGUUCGAGGAGCUCAACAUGGACUUAUUCCGCAAGUGCAUGGAGCCUGUUGAGAAGUGUUUGAGGGACUCCAAGAUUGAUAAGAGUCGUGUUCAUGAUGUUGUCCUUGUUGGGGGAUCCACAAGGAUUCCGAAAGUGCAGCAACUGUUGCAGGGUUUCUUCAACGGGAAAGAGCUAUGCAAGAGCAUCAACCCUGACGAGGCUGUUGCUUAUGGUGCUGCAGUGCAGGCUGCAAUUUUGAGCGGUGAAGGGAACGAGAGGGUUCAGGACUUGCUUUUGCUUGAUGUCACUCCUCUCAGCCUCGGCAUUGAAACUGCAGGGGGUGUCAUGACAGUGUUGAUUCCAAGGAACACUACAAUUCCCACCAAGAAGGAACAGAUUUUCUCCACUUAUGCUGAUAACCAACCAGGGGUGUUGAUUCAGGUGUAUGAAGGUGAGAGAGCGAGGACCAAAGAUAACAACUUGUUGGGGAAGUUUGAACUCGCGGGAAUCCCUCCAGCACCCAGAGGAGUUCCUCAAAUCAAUGUGUGCUUUGACAUUGACGCGAAUGGGAUUUUGAAUGUUUCUGCCGAGGACAAAACUGCAGGGGUGAAGAACAAGAUCACAAUCACGAAUGAUAAGGGAAGGUUGAGCAAGGAAGAGAUUGAGAGGAUGGUGCAGGAGGCAGAGAGGUAUAAGCAAGAGGAUGAGGAGGUGAAGAAGAAGGUGGAGGCCAAGAACGCGUUGGAGAAUUAUGCUUACAGCAUGAGGAACACGGUGAAGGAUGAGAAAUUUGCAGGGAAAUUGAGCCCUGGUGAUAAGCAGAAGAUUGAGAAGGCUAUUGAUGAAACUAUUGAGUGGCUUGAGAGGAACCAGCUGGCAGAGGUGGAGGAAUUUGAGGACAAAUUGAAGGAGUUGGAGGGACUUUGCAAUCCAAUUAUAUCUAAGAUGUACCAAGGUGGUGGCGGUGAUGUGCCAAUGGGUGGUGCAGGUGAUGUUCCUGGUGGUGGAUAUGGAAAAUCAUCCACUGCUGGUGCUGGUGAUGGGCCCAAGAUUGAAGAGGUUGAUUAAAAUUUUAAGAGUUAUCUGAAUUUAGAAUUCCCUCCUUUAAUGUUGUCCUUGUUUGUGUUAUACAAUGCUUUCCAUAGUUGUACUUGAGUGAGUGUGUGAGUGGUUUUACAAGAGUUAUGUAAAAUAAUUUCCUACAUGUAGAACAAGUAAACACUGCAUUUUGUGUUUCUUCAUAAUUUUUUUGUACUUUUUAAAGAUAUGAAUCCAAAACAGUAAGAUUCAUUUUGA